GAGACCUUGACCCUCACCUAAACCUCAAUCAAAAAUCCGUCAAACUUUUACACCAAUCAAAUCUCUUUUGCCCAUUCAGAUUCCUUUGAAACUUUCUGGGUUUCGAGAAAUUUUCUAUUUUACAAUAAUUUGUUUUUUAAUAAUAAUCUAAUCAAAAUCUACUGCGAAGAAUCGGAAGCACGAAAAUGGGGUGUUGCGCGAGCAAUCCAGCAGGAGGUUCAAAGGCUAGUCGGAUCUCGCGGUGGCGAUCCACCGGCAUUGUUGGGCUGCGCGACGCGAAAUUGAAGACAUUUCCUAAUGAAGUUAUUGAAAUGGAGAGAGCAGUGCGAACUCUCGAUCUAACACACAAUAAGAUCGCUGAUGUUCCUGGAGAAAUCAGCAAAUUAAUCAAUAUGCAGCGUCUGUUAAUAGCUGAUAAUCUAAUUGAGCGCCUUCCGGGGAAUCUUGGGAAACUUCAAUCUCUCAAGGUUUUGAUGCUUGAUGGAAACCACAUCAGCUGUUUGCCUGAUGAAUUGGGUCAGUUGAUACGGCUUGAGCAACUAUCAAUCUCAAGAAAUAUGCUCAUAUACUUGCCCGAUACAAUUGGUAGCCUACGUAAUCUAGUGCUGUUGAAUGUCUCAAACAACAGAUUAAAAUCCCUUCCAGAAUCAGUAGGGAGCUGUGCUUCUUUAGAAGAAUUGCAGGCUAAUGAUAACGUUGUUGAAGAGCUUCCUGCAUCACUCUGCAAUCUGAUUCACUUAAAGUCGCUUUGCUUAGACAAUAAUCAAGUGAAGCAGAUUCCAGAUGGAUUGCUGAAAGAUUGCAAGAGUCUGCAAAAUCUUUCUCUGCAUAACAAUCCCAUUUCCAUGGAUCAGUUUCAGCUGAUGGAAGGAUACCAAGAAUUUGAAGAGAGGAGAAAGAAGAAAUUUGAUAAGCAAAUCGAUUCGAAUGUGAUGAUCAGCUCUAAAGGACUCGAUGUAGGCGUUGAUAAAUGAAGACUGUCUUUCAACGUCUGUCUCCUUAGUUCGUCGGAUUGGUGAAUGAGGAUCAUUGUUUCAUCUAAAGAUAAGAAAGAAACAUUGUUGUAAAACUCUCUCUCUCUCUCUGUUAUCGUGACUCUGAAAUUCUUAUGAACGCAUCCACAUUCUCGUAUGUACGUACGUAGGCGG